UACCGCAGAAGUGGGUCAGUGCGGUUGCCAUGGAGACGCUUUAGCAACCAAUCUUGCAACCGCUCCCUCAGUAUCUCUCCAGAAACCCUUCAAGAUUAAAAGCGUCUUGUGCUUCCGUCUCUUCCUCUCCCCAUCUCUUUGUCUCUCCCUCACUUGCUGCAUCUGCCCUGGUGGUGCCAGUGACCUGCCCAGCUCCAUGCUGCACCCCUCCUUCCAUGCCCACAGCAGCCUUACAUCUGGUCGCUGGGGAAAGGGAGGGAAGCAGGCAAAGUUGGGGGAUCUCUUUUCCUUUUUCUUCAGUCAGUUCUUCUCCACGCCUCCCUGGCACCAGAACUCUGCUUGCCAGCUGAUCUUUCCUCCCCAAAAUGUUCAACGGGGAGGCUAGUUCUUCAGCCAGGAAUGUCAUCCGCAGCUCCAGCAUAAGUGGAGAGAUGUACAACCUAGAGAAGAGCAACUCAGGAACUCCAGAUGUGGCUGGUGGUACCACGACCAAGAAGAGGCGAUCCAGUCUUGGAGCCAAGAUGGUGGCUAUUGUGGGGCUGUCACAGUGGAGUAAGAGCACCCUACAGCUGAACCAACCAGAUGGUACAAAGAAACUGCGCAGUAAUAUUCGACGCAGCACAGAAACGGGUAUUGCUGUGGAAAUGAGGAACCGGGUGACAAGGCAAGGGAGUCGGGAAUCUACAGAUGGCAGCACUAACAGCAACAGUUCUGAUGGCACAUUUAUAUUUCCCACAACCCGAUUAGGAGCAGAGAGUCACUUUAGUCACUUUUUGGAUGGUCUUGGACCUGCGCAGAUUGUGGGGAGACAAACCCUUGCUACCCCACCCAUGGGAGACGUAAACGUUGGUAUGAUGGACAGGAACGGUCAACUUGAGGUGGAUGUGAUCCAGGCCAGGGGCCUUACUCCAAAACCUGGCUCCAAAUCAAUUCCAGCCCCAUAUAUUAAGGUCUACCUGAUAGAGGGUGGAGCAUGCCUGUCAAAGAAGAAGACAAGGACAGCAAAGAAAACUUGGGAUCCAGUAUAUCAGCAGGUUCUUUUGUUUGAGGAAGGACCACAGGGGAAGGUGUUACAGGUCAUUGUUUGGGGAGACUAUGGAAGAAUGGACCACAAAUGCUUCAUGGGGAUGGCGCAGAUCCUACUUGAAGAGCUUGAUUUAAGUUCCUGUGUCACUGGGUGGUACAAACUCUUUCCUACUUCUUCGCUAGCAGACUCUAGCAUUGCUCCCCUGACCCGCCGACUGUCCCAGUCGUCACUGGAAAGCUCCACUAGUCCAUCCUGCACCUAACCUAGGAGGAACACAUCUUUUGUUCAAUCCUUUCCUCCCUUUUUGCAGCCUAAACAGUCAACUUCCUCUUUUUUACAACCAGAUACACAUCACGACUGCAUUGCAAAAUCAGCAGGUCAGUCCAGGGCUCUGGAAAAGGAGGGAGUUAGCUGCGGCCAAGGCCCCUUUGCAACAAUAAGUCAAAAGCUGCCAAUUAAAUGAUACCGCAAAAAAAAGAAACACUUUAGAGACUGUUAUAAUAUUUAAUACUGAACAGAAUCCAGAUGAACCAAACAAGGAUACUCCAAAUAGAAUAUGAUCAACAAAGCAGCCCAUGUUAUCUGGGGAACACGGAGAGGGCUGUAGAGUCAAAGAAUCAGCUGCCUUGGCAACCUUUACUCUCCUUGAGUAAAUGUAUAGCUAAUGCAAUUCUCCAACAUUUCAAAAUGCAAUGUAUGAUCAUUCUGUUAAAAGAGAACAAAUACAAAAGAAGCACAGUGAACAGCACAUUGAUGCCAAAUUACAGUAUCCGGAAUUAGAUCAAUCCCUUCCACUGAGGACAUCUCAACAGCUCCUCACCUUUUUCUUUCAGUCUUUUCAUCUAAACCAAUUUUCUGUCCCUCUCCUACCCUCCUCAGGCAAGUCGAGAGCUACAUUUUACCAAGGUGGCGACUGUGAUAUCAUGUAUAUUUCAUAGACAGCUGCAUACAAUCACAAGUAUGAAUGCAUUUACAUAUAUCUAUAUAGCAGAAUGAUAUUUUUUCAGGUAUCAGAAUAUUUUUUUUUUACAUUUUUUGGCUUUAUUUAAAAUGGAAUGUAGCAUUUCAACGUGCAAUUUUAUUUUGAACAAAAAGAAAUGCAGACAAGAUAUUUGAUGCUUCUCUUCUACACUUUCUUUUUGUGGCACAGAUAAGCAAUCUUGUUUAAAUAUACACAUAUAACUGCAUGUCGCUUUUGUGUGAUUAAAUAAUGCAUCUAUCUCACACUAGUUUUUUUUUUUUUAAGUGCAUUAAAGAAUUUGUGCUGUGUUAAACGUUUUACCCCAUUUCAUGUUUAGAAGGCCUGCUACAUGCUUUAUCUGCAUGAUGAUGAUAUUCCUAGCAAGCAAAGUCUAAUGUACCAAGGAAUCCGGCAGCCCAGGGCUGGCAAAAACUGCUUGCCCCAGGGAA